AUGAUCGCAGCUGCCAAAGCCUCAUUCUCUUCCGCUUGGGGAAUCUUUACCACCCAAAGAUAUACAUUAAGCGUUUCUCUCCCGACCUGGGAUGAAAUCGUACGAUAUAUGAAGGGUGACGAAAACAUUCACGGAACAUUGCAAUCCGAUUAUCCAAGAUUUUACCAGCACGCAAUCGUUUCAAAGUUAAACGAUGCUGUCCUUGCCAGAGUUAAAGCACCUAGCUCCAUGCGAUGCGUAAUUUUCCCCUCUAAAGAUGGCUUGAAAAGAUGUAGCCAGUACCUCCGCAAGAAUACAGAUAUCGAGUACCCAAUACAGGAAGUGGAAUUCUGUUUACCUCAGAAUGUUUCCGAAGAGAACGCUAGAUGGGGUCAAUUCUUUGCUGUUCUUUUUCCUGAGAAGUCCAAACAACAUGCUGAGGAAUUCUGGGGCUUCUUGGGGGACGGAAUUUCCAGUCGUCAUGCAGAUUUUUGCCUCGAGAGAUUUCCUUUUAUGAGCUCGGUGUCCGUUGAUUCCUCGUUGCAAACAGCCGCAACGUACGAUGAUAUUGGAAAGCUGCCGGAUGUACCAUGGGACCAUUGUGAUUCUAAGACCAAGGAGAAAAUCAGGAAACUCAUUGCAAAAUGGGCUACUUCAGAGAAACCAGGUCAAGAACCAGUCGAUCCACAGGAUGUUUUUCUAUACCCAAAGGGCAUGUGUGCAAUUGGAACCUUGACAAGGUCACUUGUUCCGGCUUCCUCAGCUUCCUCUGAGGCCGUCGUAUUUGGAUGGCCGUAUGGAUCAACUCCAAAGUGUAUCAAGGGAAGCGGAUAUGAACGAUUCACAUUCUAUGACCAAGGAACGUCAGAGGAACUAGAUCUGUUAGAGGCAUCUUUGAAAUCUGGUCAUCUGAUCUCAUGUCUUUUCUGCGAAGUUCCGUCCAACCCUCUUUGCGCCACACCGGACUUGCAACGCAUCCGUCGUCUUGCCGAUCAAUACAAUUUUGUUGUAGCCUGUGAUGAGACUAUAGGCACCUUUAUCAACGUGGAUGUGAUGCCUUAUGUCGAUGUAGUCGUCACAAGCCUCACUAAGAUAUUUAGCGGAGCAUGCAAUGUCAUGGGAGGAAGCUUGAUUUUAAACACCCAGUCAUCAUUUUAUGGGCAAUUACAAGCUAAGCUUGGCAGCAUCUAUGAGGAUCUUAUCUAUCCACUUGAGGCACAGGUCCUUCUUCGAAACUGCAUUGACUUCCCAGCUCGAGUUCAAAAGGCAAGCCGUAGCGGCAUGGCGGUUGCCAACUUUCUGAAGUCUCAUGGCUCGAUCUCUAAAGUCAACUAUCCUACGAUGGUAGAUACCACGCCACUUUACGAACAAUAUCGACGUCCCAAUGGAGGUUAUGGUUCCCUUAUAAGUAUCGUUUUCAGAAACCCUGAAAGUGCUGUCCGGUUCUACGAUGCAAUUGACUUAUGCAAAGGUCCUAGCUUUGGAGCCAACUUCACGCUGGUGCUCCCUUAUUCCCAGCUUGCACACGCUUAUGAAUUGGACUGGGCAGAAUCGAAAGGAAUGGCAAAACAUAUCGUGAGGAUUAGUGUCGGACUAGAAGAGGAACGUUCUUUGAUCAUGAAGUUUGACCAAGCCCUCAAAGUGGUCGAAGAGUUUGAGAGCUAG